UCCUCUGACCGGAUGGUGUAAAGGAAGUUUUGUUUUGCGAGUUUUCCGUCCAUUUCGACUGACUGAGUAUUUAGUUAAUGUUCUCAAAAGAACACGAAAUGAAAUUAGUGUGAAGUGCAUCACCGGUGACCACUCAAGUAUUCAAAGGGAGGGUGAAAGCUUGAGCUGUUUGAAACGGCGGAACGCAACACUUCAGAGUAACCCGAGAGCACCUUGCUGCUAAGCUAACGUUACUGAACUAGUUAGCGCGGCUAGCGCCAGCCUCUGGUCUGCGUUGUGGUGAAGGGGCUCUCCGAGCUAACGAAGCCAUGGGGAACCGGGGCAUGGAAGACCUGAUUCCCCUGAUCAACAAGCUUCAAGACGCUUUCAGUUCCAUUGGCCAGAGUUGCAAUUUAGACCUCCCUCAGAUCGCUGUGGUCGGUGGACAGAGCGCCGGAAAAAGCUCGGUCUUAGAAAAUUUUGUUGGCAGGGACUUUCUUCCACGUGGAUCAGGCAUUGUUACCCGCAGACCUCUUAUUUUGCAGCUGGUCAACAAUAAAGCAGAAUAUGCCGAAUUCCUGCACUGCAAAGGGAAGAAGUUUGUGGAUUUUGAUGAAGUGCGGUCGGAAAUUGAGGCAGAGACCGACAGGAUAACUGGCUCCAACAAAGGCAUCUCUCCCAUCCCAAUUAACCUGAGAGUCUACUCCCCACACGUGCUGAACCUGACCCUGAUCGACCUUCCGGGAAUGACUAAAGUCGCCGUAGGAGAUCAGCCAGCAGACAUCGAGCACCAGAUUAGAGAUAUGCUGAUGCAGUUCAUCACUAAGGAGAGCUGUCUGAUCCUGGCAGUCACCCCUGCCAAUACUGAUUUGGCCAACUCAGAUGCUCUGAAGAUCGCCAAGGAAGUGGACCCACAGGGUAUGCGUACCAUUGGCGUUAUCACAAAAUUGGACCUGAUGGAUGAAGGGACAGAUGCAAAGGACAUCCUUGAAAAUAAACUGCUGCCACUGCGUAGAGGUUACAUUGGUGUAGUGAAUCGCAGUCAGAAAGACAUUGAUGGAAAGAAGGACAUUCGUGCUGCUCUGGCUGCAGAGAGAAAGUUCUUCCUGUCUCACCCUGCUUACCGACACAUAGCAGAGCGCAUGGGCACGCCACAUCUACAAAAGACACUUAACCAGCAAUUGACAAACCACAUCAGGGAUACCCUGCCUGGUCUGCGCAGUAAGCUGCAGAGUCAGCUCCUCUCUCUGGAGAAGGAGGUGGAGGAGUUCAAGAACUUCCGUCCAGAUGACCCAACACGGAAGACCAAAGCCUUGUUGCAGAUGGUGCAGCAGUUUGGUGUGGACUUUGAGAAAUGUAUUGAAGGCUCUGGGGACCAGGUGGACACCAAUGAGCUAUCGGGUGGUGCCAAGAUCAACCGCAUCUUCCAUGAACGCUUCCCCUUCGAACUAGUCAAGAUUGUGUUUGACGAGAAGGAGCUAAGGCGGGAAAUCAGCCAUGCAAUCAAGAAUGUCCAUGGUGUCAGAACGGGGCUCUUCACCCCUGACCUGGCCUUCGAAGCGAUUGUCAAAAAGCAGAUCCUCAAACUCAAAGAGCCCAGCCUCAAAUGCGUGGACCUUGUGGUGUCUGAGCUCACCGCACUCGUCAUGAAGUGUGCCGUUAAGCUCAAUUCCUACCCCAGACUGCGAGAGGAGACUGAGAGGAUUGUCACCACCUACGUCAGGGAAAGAGAAGGGAAGACCAAGGACCAGGUUCUGCUGCUGAUUGACAUUGAGCUGUCCUACAUCAACACCAACCAUGAGGACUUCAUUGGCUUUGCUAAUCUUGACUACAGAAGGCUGGAUGAUGGUAGCCCCCCAGGGUACGGCAACAACAGUGCUCAGCAGAGGAACACAGCUGCAAACAAGAAGAGGGCCAUACCCAACCAGCUUCGCGGACUAGGAGAGGUCCAUGAAGAAAAGGUGAUCAGAAAAGGCUGGCUAACCAUCAACAUCAGCAUCAUGAAAGGAGGCUCCAAGGAAUACUGGUUUGUCCUGACCGCUGAGUCCCUGUCCUGGUACAAAGAUGAGGAGGAAAAAGAGAAGAAGUAUAUGCUGCCUUUGGAUAACCUGAAGCUCAGAGAUGUUGAGAAAGGCUUUAUGUCAACAAAGCAUAUCUUUGCGAUCUUCAACACUGAACAGAGAAAUGUGUACAAGGAUCUUCGCCAAAUAGAACUGGCCUGUGAUUCUCAAGAGGAUGUGGAUAGCUGGAAAGCAUCAUUCCUCAGGGCAGGAGUUUAUCCGGAGAAGGACCAGGUGGAGAAUGAGGAGGCUGCACCUGCAGACACAUUCUCUAUGGAUCCUCAGUUGGAGCGGCAGGUGGAAACCAUCCGCAACUUGGUGGAUUCUUACAUCGGCAUCAUCAACAAAUCCAUCAGAGACCUCAUGCCCAAGACCAUCAUGCAUCUCAUGAUCAACAGUGCAAAGGAUUUCAUCCACUCAGAGCUCCUGGCCUACCUCUAUUCAUCCGGAGACCAGAACAGCCUCAUGGAGGAGUCAGCUGACCAGGCCCAACGUAGAGACGAAAUGCUGCGCAUGUAUCAUGCACUCAAGGAGGCACUGCACAUUAUUGGCGACAUCAGCGCCAACACAAUCUCCACCCCUGUACCACCACCUGUAAAUGACACCUGGUUACAGGAAGCCAGCCCAACCCCUCAGCGCAGGCCGCCUCCUGCAGCAGCUCCGCCUCCCAGCCGUCCACCUGCUGUUAGGGGCCCAACACCAGGACCACCUAUGAACCCUUCCCCUGCCUUUGGAGCUCCACUUAAUCCCUCUCCUGCCUUUGGUGCACCCCCAAUCCCCUCCCGCCCAGGACCACCUAUCAAUGCCUUUCAGGAUCCCUUCAGUGCACCCCCACAGAUCCCCUCCCGGCCAGCCCGCGUCCCGCCCGGUGUACCCAGCCGAAGACCCCCUGGUGCUCCCUCUCACCGGCCCACCAUUAUCCGCCCUACAGAGCCCUCCCUGCUAGACUAGACCUGUGGCCAAGCCCACCUAAUUGUGUGUGUUUGUGUGUGGAUGUGUGUGUCUGCACACUAUAGGCCAGGGGCGGGGGCUUGAGGGGAGGGGCUGACCAAAAGCAGUGCAUAACGUGCAUUGUCCAGCCAAAUUGAUAUGCCUAUUCAAGCAAUGUUAAUAAGCUGCUAAUACUGUCUUUGUAAGUGCACAUGAAAGAAUCCCGUAACCACUUGAAUUUUACAUUGGACUGAGAUGGAAGAUAAAAUGAAACCCAGCUGAUCUAUGUGAUGCAUUAAGCCUCGGAGAUAAUGUAUCAAAUUCUGUAGGUUUGUUUUCUACAGAAUUUAUUUCCUGGCAAGGUUCCUGGUAGAAAUACAUAAAUAACUUAUUAACUGGUACAGGCUGGCUUCCUCUCCCCUCCCUCUACCUUUUUAAACUGGCCCAGACGCUCAAGUCUAGAUCUCUGUGUAAUAUACACACUUAACCUGUUGUUAAUGUUUUACUGGGUUUUCAUAUCCUAACUGAUUUCAUACUGAAAAACAAUAGCGUAUUAUCACUGUUGUUAUUUUUGGUGGUGUCGAUUCUUAUUUUUUUUCUUCUUGUUAUUUUAUUUGAGUGACUUUGUCCUUUUUAAUGACCGUUAUAAAUGUAGCUUUAAAAUGAAAUGCUAAUCACAGCAGAGACAAAGCAUAAAAAGACACAGGGCAGGGUUGCAUGAGCCCGAGAGAGUAGCUUCAGCUCAUCCUCUGUUAAUUAUCCCUCCACAAUGAAAAGAUGUCAACCAGAUUGACCAUUAUAAUCCAAGCACUUCUAACCAUCUAGCCUUACAAGAAGCCACUUUUAACAGGGAUAUUGUCCGUUACCAGAACACUAUGCACAAAAACCCAGGAGAGUAAAGUAGUAAGAUGGACUAAAGGCUGUCUGCGCUUUGUGGGAAGCUUUGUCCACUAAUUCUGAGUUGGUUAAACUUUGUAUUUUAAUCCCUUUAUUCUCAGUUGAAUCCAAUGAGGCCUUCUGCCUUUGAAUAUACUGUUAAUUCUUGGAUUAUCUGAUUCAAACAGAACAAAGCACAUAGUACAGUUUUUUUUUCUGCGAGAUGAUAAAACUUGGUGAGCAGUGGGGUGUGUAGAUGAGGAAGGUAUAAAGAUGGUAUUAAGCAUAGAGGAGAUGUCACAUCUCUUUCUGGAUGCAAUUUUCAAGGACAUUUAUUGUUGCUUUCAGUUCUGCUUCCAUGCUUUAAAAAUCUCAUUGUAUAUAGUUGGCCUAUACUGGAGAGUUGGCUUGUAUCUCAUUUUAUUGUCGAGUUGGUGAAAAAUAACAAUCUGUUGAUUAGAAUCCAGGUAUGUUAAAAUGCAACUGUAGAUUUCAAAAUAAAGGAAGUACUAACAACAUCAUUUCAUAAAUUAGACUUCAAUGUAGGGAAAAAGAGAUUGGUCAUCUCCUCAUGCGUUAUUUAUAACCAGGGCAUUUGUCAUUUCUUUUGAUGUUUUUUCUUGUAUCAGCUCAGUACAACUAUGUUGUACUCUGCUUCCCCUGCUUCUCCUGGAUUAUUAUUUGGGUUUUUCUGCUACAGGGAUUAGCUGUCUAAGCGUGUUGGGAGCAUACUUGGCUCUUGACAUAGACAGCUGUGAUUAUUUGCUGAUGAUUAUCUUUUGAUUGCUUUUUGAGGGUAUUUGACCAUUUAAAACAAUUUUUCUUGGACAUUUUUUAGGCAUUUAGUGGAAAAUGUAUUAAGGUGGGAGUGAGGUUGGGCUACUUGGAUGUUUUCUGUAUUUGGUUUGAUCAGUAGUGGGUGGUGGGAGUUGUGGUGUAUGAAGGCACAUCCUGUUUAGAGAAAGCUCCCUAGGCUUUCCUCCAUAUAGAGGAUGGAGAAUUAAUUGGUCAAUCUAAAAAGAUUUUUAAAAAAAUCUGUCAACAACUCAAAUUGCCCAAACAUACAUAGACUCUUGAUACAGUAUGUGCUUUUUCUUCCCUUCUCCGGGUUGGGCUUUUAGUGACAGUGCCAGAAAAACAUCUCACAAUAAUUCUUCUGCGAACAUAAAAGUUUGUGAAGCCUCUUAUUGGCCAGAGAUUUUACUAAUUCCUGUGUGCCUGUCACUUCAGCCUGCCCUAGAGAAGCCCAGACUGUAAAUCCCCUGUCGUACAUUACUGCCUUUCUCCCUAAUGGAUGUACCCUGCCUCCUUCCUCUUUCCCUCCCCUCUCUGGAUCUGGAGGACGGGGUCGGAAACCAACCUGCGGGAAUCUUUCUGUUUUGCAAACCCUUGUCAAGUGCCUCUGUAGCAAUUAAUUGAUUUGAAUAAACAUCAUGACCUGAUUUAGAAUGGAGAGUAAAUAAAGAGGUGUUGUGUACAAUAAA